GGGCUUUCACACUAAUCUCUACAAAAUGGCGACUGUUGUUGUUUUGCCGCAGCGUCAAUGAAAAGUCAGUUUCUUAUUUUAACAUUUAUCUGCAACACUGUGCAGAAAUAGCUUUUAAAAUACAACAGGCGUCCGCAGGGUCGGCUUCGUGUGGAUUGAAAUGAAAGGCAAAGAGCGGUCGCCGAUUAAAAAACGCUCCCGGGCCCUGGACGAUAUCCGAGACAGGGGAGGAUGCCACCCGACCAGCAAGAAAAUGGGGGCUCUCUCCGUUUCCAGCGGGAGUAAUAAUGGAAAUAGCUCAACCAAAGGCGACGGUGGAUCGACGAGGAGAAGCCUGCUCGGCGAAAAAAGAGACAGGGAUUUCGAGGGACACGGUCGGACUGGAAAUAAUCACAGUUGUCAGCCUGCUACCGCUAGCUCCGUCGGUAAAAACCACAGCCUGAGCCUGCCGCUCGACUUAGCCGCGCCGAGGACCACUUCACGCGGGGAGCAGAGGGUCCAGCCGCCCGGCACCGAGAGUGAGUACAAAACUCUGAAAAUAAGCGACCUCGGCACCCAGCUGAGCGACGAAGACAUAGAGGACGGACUAUUUCACGAGUUUAAAAAAUUCGGAGACGUGAGCGUCAAGAUAAGCCGUAGCAACGACGAGCGGAUAGCUUUCGUUAAUUUCAGGAAGCCGGAGGACGCGAGAGCGGCGAAGCACGCGAGGGGGAGACUGGUACUCUACGACCGUCCGCUGAAGAUUGAAGCAGUGUACAUUAACAGGAGGAGAAGCCGCUCUCCUGUGGAGAGAGACUUGUAUAGUGCUGCACAAAGCCAUAGACAUUUGCAGAGACCUCUCUCGCCCACCGGGCUUGGAUACAGAGACUACCGCCUGCAGCAGCUGGCCCUGGGUCGGCUCCCCCCUCCCCCGCCGCCCCCUCUGCCCAGAGAACUGGAGCGGGACAGGGAGUUUGCUCUGUUUGAAGCCAGGGCACGUCCGUCUUUUAUUGCAGAGCGAGCUGCUUUUCGUGAGGAGGAUUUUAUAUCUCCAGAAGAUGACCAAAGAGCCAAUAGGACGUUGUUUUUAGGCAAUCUGGACAUAACUGUUACAGAAGCGGACCUGAGGAGAGCUUUUGACAGGUUUGGGGUCAUAACAGAAGUGGACAUUAAAAGACCCACACGAGGACAAACCAGCACAUAUGGAUUCUUAAAAUUUGAGAACCUAGACAUGGCUCACCGUGCUAAGCUGAGCAUGUCUGGCAAAGUAGUGGGCCUCAACCCGAUAAAGAUAGGCUAUGGAAAAGCGACUCCCACCACGCGCCUGUGGGUGGGUGGUCUUGGACCCUGGGUUCCUGUUGCUGCCUUGGCAAGAGAGUUUGAUCGCUUUGGCACUAUAAGGACCAUUGACUAUAGAAAAGGGGAUACUUGGGCUUACAUUCAGUAUGAAAGUUUGGAUGCUGCACAAGCAGCGUGCACACACAUGAGGGGCUUCCCUCUUGGGGGUCCGGAGAGAAGACUCAGGGUGGACUUUGCAGACACUGAGCAUCGCUACCAGCAACAGUUCCUUCAGCCUCUCCCAAUACCACCGUUUGACAUAGUGGCUGAAUCUUUUGUGCACCGUGCCACCCCUGAACCUCUGAGGGUCAGAGAACGGACUCCACCGCCACUUCACUUCAGGGAGAGAGAGCUCUUUCCUGGAACUGAAUGGCCAAACCCAGCUAUUCGGGAUCGGGUACGAUCCUCACCCUUUGAGCCCCUGGAGCACUUGGAACGUGAGCGACGGGCACGGGAGCCCUGGUCUCUUGAAAGAGAGCUCCAGGGACGAGAACCUGCACGCAAGCGGAGAAUAAUGGAGGAUGGACGCCAUAUAGACCACUCCCCUGACAGCACUGACAGGACAGUAAGACGUAGGCGUCCCUCUCCAGAUGGUAGUCCUGGAGGUAGCAGCAGAGAUGGAGGGCGCUUCAGUGACUCAGAGCGACCUCUGCGAGGAGAGAGACCCUCCCCAACAAGAGAACAUCACAGCAGCCUUGAAAGGGGCGGGGCUGAGCGAAGACUCAAAAGCCAAAGUCUGUCUGACAAGGGACUUUCGGGCAGCAGUAUUUCAGUGGUUGGAGAGCGUAAGCGGAAAGCAGGCGAUAGUGGCAAGGUGCCAGCCAAGAGAGAGCGUUCUGAGAGCAGUUCCAAGGGAGGUCAGCCAUCCAAAACAGACAGCACUAAACUCAGUCUGGCCUGGCAUGGCAUGCUGUUGCUCAAAAACAGCAACUUCCCAGCCAACAUGCACCUGCUGGAGGGUGACCACAGCGUAGCCAGCGACUUGCUACUUGAUUGCUCAACAGGAAGGCAAGUGGCCGAGCUAAAGAUCACCCAGCGUCUUCGUCUGGACCAGCCCAAGCUUGACGAGGUGUCCCGGCGCAUCAAAGUAGCUGGUCCCGGUGGCUACGCCAUCCUGCUUGCAGUUCCUGGGACCACUGAGGAUACAUCUUCGUCUGACCCGGCGGCCUCAACUCAGCGCCCGCUUCGCAACCUGGUGUCCUACCUCAACCAAAAACAAGCAGCAGGAGUCAUCAGCCUACCUGUUGGGGGGAGCAGAGAUAAAGACAACACUGGGGUUCUACAUGCUUUCCCUCCCUGUGAUUUCUCUCAGCAGUUCCUGGAUUCCUCAGCUAAAGCUCUGGCUAAGAGUGAAGAGGACUAUCUUGUCAUGAUUGUUGUUCGUGGAGCAUCCUAAAAAAAAUCUGAACACAAAGUUCAAGUGAUGUUAAAAAAAAAAAAAAAAAAAAAAAAAAAUCUGCUGUUUGUCAGUAACUAUUGCAUGCUGUGUGUUCUGCAUUAUGGGGUUACACUAGUAUGGUUCUUGAGUGUUUGUAUGUUGCCAUGUAAUCCACUAAAUGGACAAAAGAGCCCUCCUACCAAACUAAGACAGUGUGUGUUUUUGAAAUUAUUUUUAAAGGGUGAGUUAAUGCUUACAAGGUCAUAAAUCCAAAGUGAUUCAGCCAGAAUUCUGUAAAACAAGAAAAUAAGAGAAGUUAAUUAAAAAACGUAAUUCUUGUCCAUUUAUGUUAUAAUCUUAAUUUUCCACAUUAACUUGAAGAAAAAAAAGAGUGAAAAAAUAAUCUAAUAAAUAGACACAAUAACACCACCACAAGUCAAACUACUAACAGUGGCCUUGCAUGCUACUAUGAUGUUAAAGCCACAUUUCUGUUACACAAACAAACAACAACUGAGCUACACAAAGGUAACAUUUGUUUUGGGGCUGUUGAACUUUAUAGCAUCAUUCAGUUUGUACUUGUUGUUAUUGUGUCUAUUUGUUCUAUUUCAGAAUAUUUACCUAGAGUGCAAUAAUACUUCUACUAUAAUCACAUUUUGAUGGAUAGUCACAAAGGUGAGCAUGGCAUUUGUGAACUGAAGGUUCUGUUAAAUGAAAGGUGUAGCGAGUGAUGUAGAACUACAGUUACAAUCUUUGUCUUUUUAGGUUCUCAGAACAUUUUGAAGACAAUGACAUGUUGCAAAACUGAUUUUCAGUACCAUACACUUUAUUCAUCUGUAGUUUUUGGCCAUCUUGCAAUCCUUAAGUUACCAACCCAAUGUCAGCAAGACAGUUUGGUGAUAGGAGUGUGAUGUACUGAAGACGUUUUGCAACAUGCUCUAAUUUUGAUGGACCUUUCUUGCCUGAGUUGUACGCCUGUGUGCGUUCUCAAUUCUGGGAAAACAUUUUGAAGGUCACUUGUUUAAUAUAACUCAAGAAAAACUCAAAUCAUUUCAGUUACCUAUAUUGAGAAUAAUGUUUUAAUAACUACAAAUUAUGUUCAGGCUCUUUGAGUGCAUUUUUUAUCAAUACUGAUACACCAAGUUGCAAGUUAGACAAUGAAUUCAGUGUGUUUCCUCUGGUUAAACUCAAAUGUAGACUCUAUGUGGAAGAAUGGAUACUAACAGCUGUGACAUUUUUGCCCAUAACAGUACGCAUAGCAUAGUAAAGCAACACUAACAUGUUUUAUAUUUUUUACUUAAUAUUUAAUUUUGUGCAUCCCUACCUUUCAAAAUGGUUGUGUAAUGUGAUUUAUGAGAAACAGCUACUAAUGGAUAAAAGGCUUAGAUAGUU